UAUUUAGCCUAUAUAUGAACGAGCUACUGGAUGCGCUUAGCAGAAUGCAUGUCGGGUGUCAUAUUGACGAUGUAUGCCUUAAUAAUAUUAGCUAUGCGGAUGACAUGGUUCUGCUUAGCGCGUCUGUGGGGGGCAUACGUAGGCUGCUAGAGGUAUGUGAGACAUACGCUGAAACUCAUGGUUUGAAAUAUAAUGUAUGUAAAAGCAAAUAUAUGGUCUUUGAGGUCGGCCGAAGUAAAACGUCAGAAGUAACACCCAUCAAACUAAACGGGGAAGUUCUAGAAAGGGUGGACGUGUUCAAAUAUUUAGGACACAUAGUGACGGCAGACCUCAAAGACGAUAAAGACAUAGAGAGAGAACGGAGAGCUUUGUCGGUCCGGGCGAAUAUGAUUGCCCGCAAGUUUGCGCGAUGUACCAGGGAGGUGAAAGUAACACUAUUUAGAGCAUACUGCACCUCACUGUACUCAUGUAAUAUGUGGCUGUCAUAUACGAAACGAGCCUACGAAGCUCUCCGCGUCCAGUAUAACAACGCGUUCCGGGUGAUGAUGGGGCUGCCGCGCUUCUGUAGCGCAUCAGGGAUGUUCGCUGAAGCCAGGGUCGAUUGUUUCUAUGCCACCAUCCGCAAGAGAGCAGCAUCCCUGGUGCGCCGGGUGCGCGCCAGCCCCAACAUCGUCAUGAAGAUGAUAGGGGACAGGUUGGACUCCCCCUUUUUGCUACGCUGCAGUCGGCUACAUGUGCCGUACUCAGAAAAAAGAAAAUGUACAUAGUUAUAAUUAAUUAUAAGUAUUCUUAGG